AUGGCUGACACCAAGCGCUCUGCGUCCCCUACUAUCGAGGACAUGUUCGCUGGCAUCACGAUCGACACCAAGGACAAGAAGCCAGAUCCACCUCAGCGACCUCCACCUAUGAACCGUCCUGGCGCUCCGAGGGGGGAAAACAUGCCUCCCCCUGGCCGGCGCGGACCUCCUCCUCCCAACCAUAGGCCCACGCGAUCUCAAGAGGAGGCGCUGCGAGCUCGUCGGCAACGCCCUAACGGUGACGGACCCAACUCCCCUCCCCGACGCACAGGACCUGGAUCUGGGCGAGGAAGGCGGAACUCGGAGUCUUCACUCACUGAUCGGCCUGCCCUGACUGAAGAGGAGAAGAAAGCGCGCGAUAGAAGGCGCAGAGAGGACCGCAAGCGACGUGAGGGUCGCGACAAGCCGCCAAGGACCCAUAGAGACAUGGAUCUCAUUGACAAGCUUGAUGCAACCAGCAUCUACGGCACUGGCCUUUUCCAUCACUCUGGUCCCUACGACGCUGUCAUUGCGUCUCGCAACAAAGCCGCUAGCGGUCGCGCGCCUAUGGCUGCUUUCGCCAAGGACUCAGCGAACAUGUCAAUCGGUGGCUCUGGCCCGCUCCUGGCUCGCGCCGACCACUCCACAUUCAUGGGAAACGGUACCGAGGAAGCCUUUACCGACUAUGCCACCAGCAUUUCAGGCGCCCCGCCCACGAAGAAGGACAUGGCUCUGUUCGACCCUCACCGUCGCGCAUCCGUCAUUCACGGUGACGAGACCGUGGGCUUAGGAACUUCGACGUUCCUUGAGGGCACCCCGGCCGCCAGAGCCGCUGUGCAAAAGGCCGAGCAGGAGUCUGCUUUGCAGAAUCAGGAUGGCGGGUUGCAGCGGAAGAAGUCACUUGCGCAGCGCAUUCGAGGCAUCAACCGACCCCCAAGGGGCGAGUUCGGACCGUCUGGUCGCUUGACCAACCCGGAUGCCGUCUAUCGCGACCACUCUACAUCCGCCAGCAUGUCUAGCGCUCGCAACGAGACGAACCCCUUCUUCGCCGAGUAUGAGCCGGGCAAGGACGGCGAGGAGCAGAUAACGGUGCGCAAGAUGAGCCAAGCUGGCCCAGGCUCUCCGGCCUCUCCUCCCCUGCCAGGCAGCCUCGAGAGACGCUCCACAACCGAUGCCCUCGGUGGACCUGAGCAGCAGCCCAAGAAGAGCGGCGGCGGCCUGCUUACCCGAAUGAAGAGUUUGAAGGGAGGCCCUCGAUCUCGUCCCUCCGACAGGGACACCGGAAACGCAGCUUAG